CCAUGCCCUAGCUGCUCCCCGCACAGCCCUUCUGGACAGUGCCACUCUGUUCUCAGUGUGUGUGGGCAUCAUUUCAUCUCCUGAGCCCUAUUGAGAACCAGAACUGGCAUUGAGUGUGACAGGACCUUUCUGCCUGUGGCUCUUCCUCAGCUCUGGGGCACAAGAAGACACAAGGUGCCCCCUCUCUCUGAGGGACUGUACCAGGGUUGGCAUGGCAGCAAGCACCGAUGUAGCUGGGCUGGAGGAGAGUUUCCGAAAGUUUGCCAUCCAUGGCGACCCCAAGGCCAGCGGGCAAGAGAUGAACGGCAAGAACUGGGCCAAGCUGUGCAAGGACUGUAAGGUGGCUGACGGAAAGGCUGUGACGGGUACGGAUGUGGACAUUGUCUUCUCCAAAGUCAAGGCAAAGUCGGCUAGAGUCAUCAACUAUGAGGAGUUCAAGAAGGCCCUGGAAGAGCUGGCAACCAAGAGGUUCAAGGGGAAGAGCAAGGAAGAGGCCUUUGAUGCCAUCUGCCAGCUGGUAGCCGGCAAGGAACCAGCCAAUCUGGGUGUCACUAAAGCAAAAACAGGAGGUGCUGUGGACCGGCUGACUGACACCAGUAAGUACACAGGUUCCCACAAGGAACGCUUCGAUGAGAGUGGCAAGGGCAAGGGCAUUGCUGGACGGCAGGACAUCCUGGACGACAGUGGCUACGUGAGCGCCUACAAGAAUGCCGGCACCUAUGAUGCCAAGGUGAAGAAGUGAGACCUGGGAAGGCCCCCAGUGAGGCUGCUCCACUGGAGGCUCAAGCCUGGGUCAAGGGUCACACAGAACAAGAAAGCCUGGUUCCCUCCCUGCUGGAUCUGCCACCAAGAGCUUCCUGCCCAGUCCCAGGGCCAUCUCACCAGGCCUCUGACCCAGACUUCUGUGUCCCUUCCUUCUUCUUGUCUCCCUGACUUCUGUCUGGGAGUCAGUGCCUACACCCUCACCUCCCCAGCCUGGUCCCAGGUAUGGCUGACUCUUGCCUGCUUGCCUCAUAUUUAAGCUGCUGCUCUGGCCAAGUGCCUAAUUCUUACCCAGACCUCAAUAAAGAUACCUUUUGUACCAA